AUGAAUUCAAUUCCGAGAAGCCGAUCGCUGAGUUUCAUCCUUCUCGCUCUCUCUUCGCACUUCAUUCUUGGUUUUUCCAACGAUUCACCUGCUUCUAAAGAUUCUACGAAGACAGAACAUCAUGCCCAUGCCCCCAAAAGCACUAGUACUAGUACUAUAAUUGCCAUUGCAUUAAUUGCCCUUGUGCUCUUUUCCUUGUUUUCUUUUGGACUUUUUAAGCUUUGGCGGAAGAAGAAAAGAGAAGAACAAUACGCUCGUCUUUUGAAAUUGUUUGAAGAGGAUGAUGAGUUAGAGCUUGAGCUUGGCCUAAGGGACUGA